CAACAGCGGCAGAGCAGCUCGGCCCGGCUGCUGUUUCAGUACAGCUGUGUGCUGUGAGACCUCUUAUCAGAUAAUACAGUAAAUUUAGCUACUGAAUAACCCGACUCUUAGCUGUAUGCUUGACCUAUUUAUUGUUUUUUUAAACGGUAACCACAUGGCUGCGACGGGACACGAGGACUGCUCAGAGCAAGAAGGCCUGCCCAGCUCAGUGACUCGCUACGGAUCCACAGACAGCAGCGGGGAGCAUGAUCAUCAGAGUAACUGUCAUGGCAACAACCAUAGCAACCAUCGGUUUCCCACGGCAACGGCAGGUCACUGGAGCGGGGCUGAUCUAGAAGAAGAGGCCAUUCGCAGGAAGUUGAAAUACUUCUUCAUGAGCCCUUGUGAUAAAUAUCAUGCCAAAGGCCGCAAGCCGUACAAGCUGAUCCUGCAGCUGCUGAAGAUCAUUAUUGUCACUGCUCAGUUGGUGCUGUUUGGCCUCAGUAACCAGGUGGUGGUGACCUUCAAGGAGGAGAACACUAUGACCUUCAAGCACCUCUUCCUCAAAGACUAUGAUGAGUCCACAGACGACUCCUUUGCCGUUUACACGCAGAGUGAUGUCUACGAGCACAUCUUCUACGCUGUGGAGCAGUAUCUGGCUUUACCAGAGACCACAGUGGGACGCUAUGCGUAUGUCUACGGUGUUGGCGUGAACGACAGUGCGCUUUCCCUCUGCCAACAGUACUACAAGAAGGGAAGAAUCGACCCAGCCAAUGACACCUUCAGCAUUGACCCUCACAUCAUCACCGACUGCGUAGGUGUGAACCCUCUGUCAGUCCCACCAGCUCCGCUGACGAGCACCUACAAGAACUUCACACUCAAGUUCCACAAGCUCAUUAACGUCACAAUAGAGUUCCAGCUGAAGGCGAUCAAUAUACAGACCAUCAUCAACAAUGAGAUCCCAGACUGCUACACUUUUUACAUAACGAUAGUCCUGGACAACAAGGCUCAUAGUGGCAAGGUGAAGAUCCGGUUAGAGAACCAGGCAUCAAUAAAGGAGUGUAAAGACCCGAGUGUGUCUGGACAGGCUGAGAACUACACACGUGUCGCGUUUGAUGUCGCCGUGGCUCUGGUGUGCGUGCUGUCACUGCUGCUGUGUGGACGCUCCAUACUGCGAGGCAUCAUGCUGCAGCAGGAGUUUGUGCGGUUCUUUAAGGACACUCUGGAUCGUAAAGUUUGCUGGGGUGACCGGCUGGAGUUUAUUAAUGGAUGGUAUAUCCUGCUCAUCAUCAGUGACGUCCUCACCAUUACUGGCACCAUUAUCAAAAUUGGCAUAGAGUCUAAGAAUAUGUCUUCAUAUGACUUGUGCGGCAUCCUGUUGGGAACCUCCACACUCUUGGUGUGGGUCGGAGUAAUUCGCUACCUCACGUUCUUCCAGAAGUACAAUAUCCUGAUUGUGACACUGCGAGCAGCGUUCCCCAAUGUGAUUCGGUUCUGCUGCUGCGUGGCCGUCAUCUAUCUCGGCUACUGCUUCUGUGGAUGGAUCGUCCUGGGACCAUACCACGUCAAGUUUCGUUCCCUGUCAAUGGUGUCAGAGUGCCUGUUCUCCCUCAUUAACGGGGACGACAUGUUUGUGACGUUCUCUGAGAUGCAGGAGAGCAGCACUCUGGUGUGGCUGUUCAGCCAAGUUUAUCUGUACACCUUCAUCUCCCUCUUCAUCUACAUGGUGCUGUCGCUGUUUAUCGCCCUCAUCACAGGAGCCUACGAGACCAUCAAGCACCAAACUCAAGAACCCAUCCACAUCACAGACCUGCACGCUUUCAUAGCAGAGUGUACGGACACACCGAACUCUGGCAAGUUCAGGGGUCUGGAGACCUCGCCCUGCUCCUUCUUCUGCUGCUGUGACAGAACGACGACAUAUGAGGAUGUCCUGCUAGUGAACUGAAGUUGACCUUAGUGACCUCAGAAGCCUCACUAUCCCCCUGCUGGCCACAGGGACACACUGCACACUCCUGACACCCGGGUUCCCGGUAUCUGGGACUGUGGUCGAAUAGUCAUUUUUAGGCCUAGUACGAUUCCUAAAUGAGUGAAAUGACCCGCAAAUAUCUAAGCAGCAGCCAUAAUAAGAGUUUGUCAAUUCUCUGAAUGCUAAGGAAAGGUGCUUCGAUGCUUCCCUUCUUAUCUGCUUUAGCGUGGUCUACAAUGGACCAUCUGAUGAUGUUUCAAAAUUCCUUGUGGCAGCAACAUAUAAACACAUGCAACAUCCAGCGGUUCACAAAAACAGUAAUUAUGCCUACCAUGCAUACAUAUAUGUAUAUAUA